GGGUAAUCUGUAUGAGUCAGCUCCCGAAAGUCGCAUAAGCGAUCCACUCAUGUCGUCCCCGAGCGGCACCUCAACGCAGCAGAGCGGGGGCUUCUCUCGCCAGAGCAGCGGCGUGGACGAGCGCAUUCGCUCCGCUAGCGGGAGUUUCACAGCGCCCGACGAGCACGCAGACGAUGACGCGUCCAUGUCGAACGAUGAGUCCAUGAGUUCUUCGUCAUCUCUAGAGAUCGAGAACCACUUGGAGCAGCAUGAGCAGCAUCUAGAGCAACACGAAGGACAACGAGGCUCCAGUCGCGCCAACUCCUUCGACGAUUUUGCUCGUCAAUUACCGUAUCAAGACCCUAACAACAUUAACAUCGCCGUGCCACCACGUACAAGCUUCUCGUUCGACGUAGUGGACGCUUCUCUAAUUGGCCACUCGUCCUCCAACCACACUAUGUGGCUAUUGACACAAUUCGCCCCCGCAAUGUCCAAAACAAUGACUAGUAUUGACCCAAACGCCGACAUGGAGGACGACGAGCCUUUCGACGAAGAAUCAGAGAAGAAUCAGGCUCAAAAUACAAAGGAUACCAACAACACAGGAAGUUCUCAGCAUCAAGGCAAUCGACGUGUGGCCUGGGCGUCAUCCACAGCCCACGUGGAGAUUCCUGAGGGCGUGAGAGUCACCGCAGCGAGGAAUGAAGUCACUGGACUGCAAUUGAGACUCAAAUCUAACGUUCCUUUCCUACUAACAACCGAUACAACUAAUUGGAUGUUACCAUUGGGCCACGGACCUCGAGCCCGAGUGGCCGUGGACUCGAGAUUCGUGCCUCCUCAUCUGUUAAAGGUGGAAGUAUUCCUAGUGGGGACUGUGGAGGACGAAAACUCGGAUCUGGUCAUGGAGACUUUGCAACGUACUGGAGUCAGUAGCAAGGCCAGCAGGGAACACGCAGUGUAUUUGAGGGUUCGGAUUGCCGAGAAUUUAGACCCAGGGAUCUAUGAACUGCCGCUACGUGUGUUUACUCAAGACGCAGGCUUCAAAGACGAACAUUUGACCUGGUCCAGUAGCUUCGCAAUGCGUGUAGUGGACGUUCGUCUUCCAGUUCCAAGUAACUGGCGUUUCCGCUUGGAUCUGUGGCAACACUGGACUGCGGUGGCUCGUGCACAUCACGUGGCAUUGUGGAGUGAUCGCCAUUUUGAACUUAUCGAUCGGUACAUGGCUCCAUUAUCAGAAAUGGGUCAGAAAUGUCUGUCUGUGGUCGCUACGGAGAUGCCCUGGGCAGGUCAGCAGUGUUACAUGGAGGAACAGAAUGCCUCUGCGUUGUUUGAGCACGCCAUACUGGAGGUGUAUGAGGAUCCAGCGCAUAAUAUCCCGUUGACUAUCGACUUUACACACUUCGAUCGACUACUGGAACUCGGCGGUCGUCAUCGUUUAGACCAUGAGAUCGAGGUAUUUGGUCUUCUGUCGGUAUGGAGAGACCCCGUGGCAGGCUUUAACGCUCCUGCUGAGCUCACUGCGCAUCAUCUUCGACCUCCACCGACAGCAUCUGCACCUGAUCCAGCUCCUGCGUCCGAGACGCGUCGUCGCUCUUCGUCCGGCUCCCCCACUAAUGGGUCAUCUCCUGGUCAGGAACAGAACAAGUCUAGUUCUCCGUCCUCGGCGUCUCAAGCGCCAGCAUUUGUCAUUGACGGCUGGCGUAUCCGCUGUCAAAACCGCACAACUCAACGUGUACGGUACUUGAAGCGUGUGUCCGAGGUGGAAGCCUUCAUUGAACAGUUCUACGCUCAUUGCGUGGCGUUAGAAAUCGCGGAUCGCGUUCGGAUCUGUGCAGACGAACCACGUGACGUCGCCGUCUUCCACGAACAACUGCGCUUCAUGCAGCGUCUAGCGCCCAAUUUCCGUAUUAAACUGGCUGUGAAUCACUCCGAGUUCUUCUCUCCAGCGUACAAUCCACCUCAAGUAGCAGAUUACGUGCCGUUGUUGCCAUUGGCUUGUGCUGAUCUGGAGGUUACUCGACGCUUGGCGAACGAUGCGAGGGCGCGUGGAGGCCACGUCUGCUGGUACGUUUGCUGCGGUCCAGCCUUCCCGAAUCAAUUCGUGUCGUCGCCACUGGUUGAAGGCGAGCUCGUUGGAUACCUCACAUUCUUCUUCGAGCUUGACGGGUUCUUACGAUGGAAUUAUUGCCUCUGGCCUUCAAGACCUUGGGAUGAUUUACGGUGGCGCGCUCCGAUGUGGAAGGUGGGGGACAUGUACUUUGUGCUGCCCGGACAUGAUGGGUGGCCAGUGGAGACGCUGCGUCUCGAGUCUUUACGCUUUGCCGGCCAAGCGUUUGAACUGCUGGCACUUGCGCAAGAUACGUUAGCGCCAGCGCAGAUGCAGCAGUUGCAACGUACAGUGGCUGAGCAGAUAUUGAGAUCAAGUGAUUUGGAAGAGUUUGGGCGCUACGGAGAUCGUUCUCGAGAGGAUCUGUACUCACUCGAUCCGGCUGACUAUCAACGAGCCAAGACUAUUAUUCUUGAUACGCUAGCAGCCGCAGCAGUCAAAGGAACAAGUUGAUGCAGAUUUUUUUGAGAAGUAAAGAAUGACUCUUGUAAAUUUGCAGUUUUAAACACUAGGCUACGAAUUCGAAGGCUCAUAUGGUGAUGCAUGUUAUGGUUUCCACACGUGAUUUCAGAACAGGUCUGAGAAUUUUAUAAUCAUUGCC